AUGUAAUAUGGACUUUAAUGCCGCAAGCAUCCGGGUAAUUAAGUAUCUUUUGUGUGCACUAAAGUGAAUUGCAAUUACGGUAAUCUUCUUUGCUAGUAAUGCAUAAAUGGGAAUGUUUAGCAUAAAAAUGAACACAAAAAUUAUUUGAACUAGCUUAAUGAAUUCAUCUUUCAGUAGAAUGGGAAAACAAAAACAGUUCUGAUUCCAAAUAUUAAUAGUACACUUUAAGAAUUAGACAAAAGAUUGAAAGAGUAUAAUGCUCUGAUCGACAAAGAGGCUUAGGAGAUUGUUUCUGAUAUCUCACAAUUAUUUAAGAUAUUUUAUGAGAGUUCAGAGAAAGCAAAGAAAUAGAUCUAGGAGAUAAUUAGAAGUGAUUUAUGUGAGUAGCAAGCAAAAAAUCUAAAUUUCAAAUAGCAACUACAAGAAAUUCAGUCUAAUGAAUAAAAAAGGAUUGACAAUAACAAUUAUUUAUUCAAUACUAUAUUUUCUAAAGACCAAGAUAAAGAAUUACCUAUAUCUGAAUAAUCUUUGAUUUAGAUUAUCAACAAAAAUGGCAACCUGAACUAACUGCGAUGUGACAUUCUCAAUUGCUUAAAUAGCGUAGUUAAUACAUUAUAACCAACGAGUAAUAGAAUUCGAUACAAGAACACCUAGAAUCAAUAGUAAUAAUUCAAUCUACUCAAAAAUGACUUCAUACAAAGUUUGAAUUGUCUAUUCUAGAAAUUAACAGAUCUCACAUAAGAAUUUCAGUCAGUCGAAGAUAUGAAGCGUAGUUUGUAUUAAUUCGGAUCAUUAGAUGGAUCUCAAUCAUUAAAAUAAUCAUAAGUAGUUUAAAGAUCGUUGGGUUCAUCUUAGUUAAUAAGCACUGGACACCAAAGUCAAAGAUUCUUUAGGUUAGAUAGUUAAUCCUAAAUUAUGAGUGUAAAGACUCUUGAGGUGUUCCCUCCUUUGAGUCCAACGAUCUAAUAAAUACUGAAUAAAAUAGGUCAUUUGUCACCUCCUCAGGCAGAUUCAUUAUUGAGUAAUAUCGAAAUUGUGCCACCUUGCUAAUUUCCUGAUGGGAUUAUUUAUGAAGGUCAGAUAUAGAACAAUUAGAGAUUUGGUUGGGGGAGAGCAAUCAUAGGACAAGACUAUUACGAGGGAUACUGGAGAGGUGGAUUGCCUUUUGGUUUUGGGAGAAUAAUUAUGGGAUCAGGAGACUAUUAUGAGGGGACCUCUUAGAAUGGUAAGGCGAAUGGAAGAGGGUUGUUUUGUUCAGGAGGUUAUUCGUAUGAAGGAGAUUGGGAGGAUGAUUUAAAGCAGGGGAAAGGAUAGGAAUUAUUAAAUGGGAAGUAUGAGUAUAAGGGAGAUUUUAAGAAUAAUGUGAAAUGUGGAGAAGGGAGACUGAUUGAUUUAUUAACAGGGAAUGUGUAUCAAGGGGAAUUUCAGAAUGAUUAGUUACAAGGAUAGACAACUAUUGAGUAUAAAAAUGGGGACAAGUAUUUUGGACAAGUCAUUACAGUGGAUGGGCAGAUAAAGAGGAAUGGAUAAGGUAUCUAUUUAUGGGUGGACUCUAGAAAGUAUGAAGGACAAUAUGAAAAUGAUUUGGAACAUGGGGAUGGAGUGUUUAUGUGGCCAGAUUAGUGGAUGUAUAAGGGAUAGUGGUAGUGCGGGAUGCAGCAUGGGAAAGGAAUUCAAUACAAUCCAUAGGGGAAGGAGAGAGAGGGGAUUUGGAGUAAUGGAUAAUUUAAUAAGUGGGUUAGUUGA